AUGGAGGCUCCUUUGUUGGCCAACAAGCCAACGCUAGUUCGACGCGUCUCUGAUUUAUUAAAAGAUGGCAGUCAAAGCACACCACUGCUCUUCAACAACCCGUCGAUCCAAAAGUUGCGGCACUGCUGCCAAAACCUGAACCUCUUCGCCUACUUUUUCUAUUCCCUGGGUUCUAAAACCAGUACGGAAAAGUUCACCCUCACCCAACUGAUCCAGCGGAUCACCGACAAGAUCUUCCUCCUCUACGCCAGUGUUCACGCGUCGAUCCGCCAGAGGGCUCACCGUUCUCAUUCCCACAAGCCCCAGGCUUCAAGGGAAAAAUCCCCGGGCAAAUUCAGCGAAGAAUACUUCCAACAGCACUCAGCGCGCCGGUCAGCGAAGAAACCCCACUCUUUGUUGAUCUACGCCAUCUACCUCUCGCAAGUGGUACUUAUUACGCAACUAGUAACGCUGCUUCGCAUUAUGUUCAUCGGGAAAUUCACACCCGGGUUCAUUUUCUUGUUCUCCGCCAUGUUGCUUCUUUGCUGCAUUUCCAUGAAAGUUUUCUUCGCGUCGAAUCUUUCGCAAAAAGUUAAUCGAGGCAAGAGAAAAAUUGAAUAG